CGUUACACUCGGUAAAGGAUAAGAGAUGUUCAAGAUUGAGACGUGGAUGCCCCCAGCCCAUGUCUACCUCUCCGUACUCGAACGCUACAUUACAUAGCUCGAUCGUGGACCUUUGGCAUCCCCAUUCCAUUUCGGAAGAAAGUCUCGCCCGCUUCGUCAUUCGUUCUCUUUCUAAUUAUGGCCAAAAUGUGGGCAGAGUCCGUCUGCGUUAGUAAAGCCACUUCUUCGGCUGCACUUGGCUCAACAUGGGAAACCUCUUCUUCAAGAAUGACCCAUCCACGGUCGGAUAUUCAGCUUUUUUCGUAUGCCCCAAUUCGAGCUUCUCAUUCCGUGGAUGACAACAACAAGGCCUACAAACAACUUGGCUUGUCUUCAUUGAAAAAGAAGAUUGAAGAUGCAGUAAUUCGUGCUGAGAUGUUCACACCAACUGCCCUGGAAGUUGAGGAAGCGAGAUGGAGCAAGCAGGAAGAAAUGAUACGUGACUCUAACCUCUGGGAUGAUCCAGCUAGAUCUGAUAGAAUUCUAGUCAAGUUAGCUGAUGUUGCUAAAGUGGUUGAUUCUCUCAAAGACCUGACAUUUAAGGCAGAAGAAGCGAAGCUGAUCACAGAGUUGGCUGAUAUGAAUGACAUCAACUGUGGGCUAUUUAGGCAAGCAUAUAAUGCAUCUUUAGAUGUUAGCAAGUUUUUGGAUCAUUACAGGAUGUCCAAGCUUCUUAAGGAGCCAUAUGACUUGGAGGGAGCAUGUGUAAUUAUUAAUGCUGGAUCUGGAGGGAUUUACCCUAAGAUCUGGGCAGAACAACUCCUAAGCAUGUAUGCCAAGUGGGCCAAAAAGCAAGGUUACAAAGGAAGGGUAGUUGAGAAGUGUUCUUCAAAGAAUGGUGGCAUCAAGUCGGCCAUGAUAGAGUUUGAAUCUGAGUGUGCUUAUGGCUAUCUUUCAGGGGAGAGGGGUGUUCACUCUCUGAUAGGUUCUCAGAAUGGAUGUAUUCUGCGUGAGGCUUCUGCAGUAUGUGUGGACAUUGUUCCCCUCUUUCUCAAAACAACUUAUGACUUGCAAAUCGAUGAUGUGGAUUUGGUUGUUUCAUCAUCCUCAAUAGAUCAAAGUGGAACUGAACCAGCCAUUUGCAUUCAGCAUAUUCCUACCGGAAUAAAAGUUCAAUCCUCAGCCGAGAGGAGCCGCUUUGCGAAUAAAAUCAAGGCCCUUAAUCGAUUGAAAGCCAAGCUUCUUGUAAUAGCAAGGGAGCAAGGAGUGUCCAGUGUAACUAGCAUAAAGAGAGAUGCCAUUGUCAAGUUAUGGCAAAAGGAAACUCGAAGGUAUGUGUCUCAUCCAUUCAAGCUAGUACAAGAUGUGAAAACGGGCAUUGAAUUGUCUGACCUGGAUUCUGUUUUGGAUGGAAAUAUUGAACCUUUUAUUGAAGCUCAUAUCAAUAUGAGAUAGUCAUGUGCUGUUUUUUCAUUUUUUAUUAUUACAAGUCAGCCAGUCAUGUGAUAUGAUCUGAAUCCACCCCUUUUCAAUUGAUCAAUUAGUCAUCUGAGAUAUCUGAACCCGUGAUGCUUUACUUUCUCUAUACUUUAAUUGAGUUGCUAUAUUUUCUGUUAUAA